GUCGCCCCGCUCGGCGCCUCAGGCCGGCAGUUGGGCGGCGUCGCGACUGAGCUCUCAGGGCCGCUGCCCCGAGGGCGCGGGACCCAUGUGGGGCUUCAGGCUCCUGCGCGCCCCGCCGCCGCUGCUCCGGUCGCCGCCGCUGGCAGUCGGAGAAGCGCCGGGCCUGCGGCAGGCAGGAGCCAUGGAGUCUGGCGGCGUCGGGGCGCGCAGCUCGCGGCCGGCCGAGGGGCUCCGCAUGCAGCUGUGCGCGGUGCCCGGCGCCGACCCGCAGCGCAGCAACGAGCUGCUCCUGCUGGCGACCGCGGCGCGGGGCGGCCCCGGGGACCCGGCGGUCGAGCAGCACCACGUGCUGUACUUCCCCGGAGACGUGCAGAAUUACCAUGAGAUCAUGACUCAUCAUCCUGAGAAUUACCAGUGGGAAAACUGGAGUCUGGAAAACGUUGCCACCAUCCUAGCCCAGCGAUUUCCCGACAGUUACAUCUGGGUAAUAAAGUGCUCUCGGAUGCACUUGCACAAGUUCAGCUGCUAUGACAACUUUGUGAAAAGCAACAUGUUUGGUGCUCCAGAACACAAUACUGACUUUGGAGCUUUCAAGCACCUUUAUACGUUAUUAGUUAAUGCUUUUAACUUAAGUCAGAAUGGUGUGCUGUCAAAGAAUGGAAAUGUUUGGAAUAAGGACUCCAAAGCAUCUACUUGUAAGUCUAAUUCUCCUUCUGCUAGUAAUGGCUGCCAGGGAGAAAAAGAAAGGACCUGUGAAAAGCUCGAUGAGUCCACCAGGAGUUUUCAUCCACCGUCACUCAGUGGCGCAUCUUUUACUUUGAUUGGAUUCAGUAAAGGAUGUGUUGUUUUGAAUCAGUUGCUUUUUGAAUUGAAAGAAGCCAAGAAAGACAAGAACAUAGAUGCUUUCAUCAAAAGCAUAAGAAGAAUGUAUUGGCUGGAUGGUGGUCAUUCCGGAGGAAGCAAUACAUGGGUUACGUACCCAGAAGUCUUGAAAGAAUUUGCACAAACGGGGAUUAUUGUUCACACUCACGUAACACCUUACCAAGUACGCGACCCAAUGAGAUCUUGGAUCGGCAAGGAGCACAAGAAAUUUGUCCAGCUCCUUGGAGAUUUUGGUGUGCAGGUGACAAGCCAGGUUCAUUUUGCAAAGGAAGCCCCUUCCAUAGAAAAUCACUUCAGGGUUCAUGAAGUAUUUUGAGACAAGAAUAUUAACGUACUUGUUUGGAGGAGGAGAAGCACGUUGAGUGCUACCAGUUCGGAUAAUGGGGUAUACAAUGGAAUGCCUAGUUGCAUUGUCAGACUGGGGCUGGGGAAAGCACACAUUCCUGAAAUGAGUGUAAUAUGCAGUAGUGUCCUUGCUUGUGAGUUUGAGCGUGAGCAGUUUGCAGUUUGGAUUGGGCUAGAAUUAACAGUUAAUUUGAAAUCUAAAAAUGGUUUGUGAUCAUUUUCUGAGGAGGUACAAGACUCUUAAAAGUGAAAGUUAACAAUACAGUCCUUUUUAAAGGUAACUAAAACUGUUGGAAAUAGUUGAUUUUCUGAGACAUGUUUAAACUAACUGGGGUAAAUUAUAAAAAUAAUUAGCUAUUUUGGCACCCCAGAAGAAUGAAAGCACUUCAUUUCUCCCAAAGUAUAGAUACCUAGAUGUUUUCCAGCAUUUUUGAGUAAUUGUCCUGUCUUUUGUGUUUGGUAAAUGCAUGGAUGUGUGUGUGUGUGUGCACGUGCGUGUGUGUGUGUGUGCCAGCACACACGUGUGGGUGUGAGCACAUGUGCUAGGGACUGAACCCAGAGCCUCACUCACGCCAGGCAGGCAGAACUACCCCUGAGGUGUACCCCAGCCCUGGCUUCACUCUUUGAGUGCCACCAAGCUGGGUUUUUUUUUUUUUUUUUUUUUUUUUUUCUUAGCCAAAACAUGUUUUAUUUCCAAAUACCCAAGAACAUGUAAUAGUAUAAAAUUGGUUUUUAAAACAUUUUAAAUUUAAUUAUCAUGGGUUAAUUUUUGUUUUUGUUUAUCUAAUUGUUUCUGAAAAUUGGUUAAGUAAAAAUAAAUAUAUUGGACAGAGCAGAUUUCAAGCUUUCAUUAUAUCACUUUUAAAAGAGAGCAACUCAGGUAAAACAAAUAUGUAAUGCUUUGCUAGUGCUCUGCUGCAAAGGAGACAGAUUCCAUGAAUCUAAAUCAGUUUUCCCAGAAGCAUGGUUUUGUCUGCCAAAAGAAAAGAGCUGCAUUUGGCCAAAAUGCAAAAUUAACACUGGUAUAAGAAAAGUUACAAGGGAAAGUUUGAAGACACAAAUGAUUUAAUUUUGGCUCAAAAAUCAGAUUUGCUUAACACUGCUACAUGAUUUGGUGAAGUUUCCUUCUGCUUGGUUUUCUUGACCUAGAAAAAUACAUCUCCAGAAACCAGUUUCAGCCAAUCCUAAAACAUAGCUGUGUGAUUAUCAAAGGGCAUCUCUUUUAUACUUCAGUAAUAUGUAGCUUUUGCUAGUCAUAAACAGGGAAAUAACAUGCUGUUUUAGGACUGAAAAAAUGACACUGAAGAUACAUUUGUCUUAAUAACCCAGAGGACCUAGAUUUAUUAACAUAAAAAUGUUAAUUUCUCGGUUCUUUCAUCUUAAUGACUAUAAAUGCAUUCCAAAUGUAGUAUUGAGAAACACAAGAAGGGAUUCUUAACCAGCUGUUUAAAAAUUAGCACUCAAUCCUAUAAAUGACAGAAAAGUAGUUUUAUAUUGCUCUGUUUUCUUGAAAUUCCUGCUCUUUUGAGACCAAAGAUUCCCAUCACAUAACAAAGUCUGCAUGAUUCUAACAUGCUGUAGGUAACGCUGCUUUAACGUACCGAUUGGAAGAUUUUCUUCAGUUUGUUUAAUGCUUGUUAAAAUUGACCUGCAUUGAGCUGAGGAUGAAGCUUAAUGGCAGAGUGCCUGCCAGAGUCCAAGAAGCCCUGGGUUACGUCCCCAGCACUGCUGUCCCCUAGGAAGAAACUGACAUGUGACUAGGGAAAGGCUUAUUCUCACAGGGUAAACUGAAGUGAAGAGUUAGAACUUUCAACAGAAGAAUCCAUUGUUUUAAAUCUCAGAUAUUUAAAAAUCUGAGUUCUUCAGCCAUUCAGUCAACUGAAUGCUUCGUUGUUACUGUUGUAUCUUGAAUGGAUAGUCAUAAUCAUGGGUACCUACGACUGCCAUCACAUCGAAGUGAGACAGUUUAAAAGGAAGAAUAUUCUCUUUUCUGAAAAUUUAUGCAAGUUGAUCCAUGUUUGAUGGUUUCUGUUUGCUCGGACAAGUCCUUUACACGUCUGUUCUACACCGUGAUUGUGAACGUUGUCCUCUUGAAUUGUGCCUUCGUAAUGAGUCAGUUGAGAAAAGUCAUAAGGAUAAUGUGAAAGUUGUUACCGCCACAGCAUGAAUGUAUAAUUGUAUUAAAGUUAAUCUAUAGGAGUGUUUGGAUAUACUUUCUAUUAAGAUUUCAGAUCAGUCAUUGAAAAAGUACUUUGACCUUAUUGGUUUUCCUGUUGUAUUUUCAUUAACUUUGUCCAACUUUGAACAUCUCCCCUGUAAAGACACAUCUCUUCUUUCUGUUUAGAGUUUUGCAGUGUAGUGGAGGCUGGCCUUGAAUUCACAGUAAGCCUCCUGCCUUAGCUUUCCAAAUGUUGGAAAUAUAGAUGUAUACAAGCA